AGGGCUUCUCCAGCGAAGGCGAACUCCUGGAAAUUACGGAGAUCAACCGCCAGCAAGCCGGAGAGUAUGAGUGCAUCACGUCCAAUGGAGUUUCCACCCCUGACAGCAAGAAAGUCCUGAUCACCGUCAACUGUAAGUACUUCUUUACCAACAAAUGUAAAAUCUCAGAUCGUUGGCAAAGUGAUAGAGUUACAAAGGAAAGGAAAAGUGAAUAUUAUAUUAUUAUAUUUAACAAAUUUGUGUUUCUGAAGUCUGAAAAUAAAAUGGAAUGUCGAUAUCCACACCACUUUACCCUGGAACUGGGUGCCUCCAUCAUAGCUCCCGGUCAAUCAUUUUUAUCAGCUCGGUCCUUUGCACCUGGCAGUCGUAAUAGAGAGAGAUACAGAGUAAAGGAGAAAUUAAACAAUGUGUCUGUUUCAACGUUUCAUUUGCAAGGCAUGCCCUGACUGUGCCUGGACUGAACUGGAUUGAUGUAAUUUGCUACAUCUCCAGUAUACAUUUAAGAAAAGAAAAUGGACAUAAAAUAAAUAAGGUUUAUGGGUGGUUUUCAUUGAUUUAUUCAAUUGUGUCAUUUCCAGAGAAGUAACCAUUUCUAUUUAAACCUUAGCAACCAAAUGCUUUAAAAUGUGGCUUAAAUUAUAUAACUCGAAUUUACCAUAGAAUUCAAUGUUAUUUACAGUAGAUGCUUUUCUAUCUAAAAAUGUAACUUUAAACCCAAACAUGCCGAAUAUUUAGACAACUAGCAUGAAAAAAAAAAGACUGCAAAAUUAAAUUAGCUCAUUUUUUUCAUUUUUAGUUUGCAUGUCGCAGAAGACUAGCAAAUGUAUGAUAAGUUACGUUUACCUUUACUGUACACUGUUCCUCUUAUCACAUGCGCUGUAUGAAGGACAGCUUGUAAUACAUGCCAAGUCAGUUGUUUAAGCAUCACAAUCAGAAAAAAAUAUAUAUGUUCUAUAGGUACGGAUUGGAAGUGAAAAGAUCUGCGGUAAAGUUAAAACCCAAGUUAUCAUCUAUUCUUCUGAAUAUAAAAUAGGCAAUUUAAAUGAGUUUUUAGGGUAAUUAUAAGGUUGUUCUAAGACGAUUACAAAUGACACACUAGCAAAAAAGCUUUAAAAGAAUAAAAAUAAAAUGAAAAAAAAAAAAAAAUCAGUUUGGCAUCAUGAAACAAAAAAAGGGGAAAAAAAGCCGCAACUUUCUAAAUAUAAAAAAGAAAUACUUAGAAAAACAUAAUAACAGGGUAGAACAGUCAGAACAGCUGAGCGUAUAACUCAAUGAAAAUGGAACAUUAUCGGCAAUAGUUGCUGUAUUGAAUGAUCUCGUUCACAGAUUUGUCUCUUUCAGAAGACAGGAGCAGGGCUGAGAUAGGCGGUCGGGAGAACAGAUCCGCAGGCAGUUAGUAAUGUUCAUUGCUCUGCUCGAGAAAGAGUGUUAGAGACAACAAGCAAAUAAAAUGUCAGUUUCCAUAAGUAUUUCAAGGAGUUUAUUUUGUGCCAUAAUACGGUGAAUUCUCUUAUUAAAAAAAAAUUCUGAGCUGAGGCCGUGAGCAAUGCGUUUGUCUGCAAUAUGUUCGUCGAAUUUCGGGACUUGCAAGAUUUAAGAUGAAAGGAAGCCAAAUUGACCAAUCAACACCACCAAUGUCAAUCUUAAAAAUGUCUCUUUUAAUUCCCCUAGCAAACAGUGAUCCUGCCAGGGUUUCAAGCUCAGUAGAUCUUCGUCAAGCCAUCAAGGUCAAAACGUAGCUUGGUUGUUUAUUUAAUGGUGGAAUGCAAGAGGCAUAUAGUGAAUUUACUAGCAUUGCUUGAUCAAAGGGUUUCCUUUGGUUUUGCAAACCUUGACUUCCAUUGGUCAUUGACCAUAGAACCUACCAUAGUACCCACCUGAGAUGUGCACAUUACCUACUCCAUGAGGUUUAAGAUCAAUGCCAGAUAAAGAUGCCUGUUUAGAGGCAACUGGGAAUGCAGUAUUUGCACUUCUGCCCUUGUGCUGGUGCAAUUUUUCAUACCUGCCCCGUGUUACUAUUUAGGAGGGACAUUCCUUAUUUUGGGCCCAAAUCCCUCUGUCCCUCUUUUCUAUCCCAAUGUCCUUCUUUUCUAGGAGCUCCAUAUAUUGUUGGUGUGUCUGAGUGUAUAACAGAGCUCCACUGCAAUAAUACUCCCAGUAAUGUGUCUGAGUGUAUAACAGAGCUCCACAGCAAUAAUACUCCCAGUAAUGUGUCUGACAUGGGCGUCCGCAGGAAUUUUUCCAGGGGGGGGCAUAAUUGUAAUGACAUCCAUGCUUGGUACCUUUUUGACAGUGUCAUGAAAGGGAAGGGGCAUAGCCAUUAUCACAUAAAGCCAAGGUGAAUAGCGUUUUCACAACUAUGUUGUCAGGAAUAUAUGUUUGUAUUCCUGACACUAUAGUGUUCCUUUAAGCAAAUUAAAGGACCAUUCUGGUCACCAUAACAACUUCACCUAAAUGAAAAUGCUAUGAUGCCAGGAAGCCCCUGGGUGCUCGCUUUCCUUUAAGGGGUUAAAUCACUCUCAAAUGGUUUAACCCCAAAGGCUUCCUCCAGCUCCAGGUCGCUCAGUGGUAUUUGGCUUCUGAAACAGAGUGUCAAGAAGUGCAGAUUGACGUCAGGCAUGGGUGCCGCUGAUUGGCUAGAGUGGACAGUUGACGCUCUAAGCCAAUCGCUAGUUCCCGGUUUCAUAAAAUAUUUUUACUUUUUUAUGAAUGGGGAGCUACUGAUUGGCUUAGAGUGCCAGCUGACCGCUCUAGCCAAUCAGCAACACCCCUACCCAACGGCACUCUGUGCUUCCUGACACUCAGUAAAUAAAAGUGAACACAUUAAUACUGAUAUUUUUUUUACCUUUGGAGAUGAGAAGGUCCAGCGUUUCCCUGCCUGGCCCAGGUACCAAAGCCUUAUGAUGUGGUGUCCAGAAUAAAGUGGAGGGUUCACUUCAUUUGUCCUUCCUGCUCCAAUCUCCUUCAUUUGACAGUCUUUUUUUAUCUUCUGACACUGUUUUCUAUCCUUGGCCCCUUCUGCUAUUUUACCUUUCUGCUACUUUCUGCUUAUUUUGCACCCUUCUGCUCCUUUCUCAUUCUGAUCCCUUUCUGCUCCUUGCAGACCCUUUCUGCUCCCUUUUCUACUUUAUCUUUGUGCUCCUUGCUGUCCCUUUCUGCUCCUUCUCCUACUUUACCUUUGUGCUCCUUCUGAUUCUUUCUGCUCCUUUACCUUUGUGCUCCUUCCUGCUCCCUUUGUGCCCUUCCUGCUCAUUCUCCUACUUUAUGUUUGUGCUCCUUCUGCCCCUUCCAGCUCAUUUCUGACCCUUUCUGCUCCUUCUACUUUACCUUUGUGCUGCUUUACCUUCCAGCUCCUUGCUGACCCUUCCUGUUCAUUUCUGUUCCUUUGUGCUCCUUCUCCUACUUUACCUUUUGUGCUCCUUGCUGUCCCUUCCAGCUCCUUGCUGCCCCUUUCUGCUCCUUGAUGUCCCUUCCUGCUCAUUUCUGUUCCUUCUCCUUUUCUUACUUUACCUUCCUGCUCCUUGCUGACUCUUCAUGUAGGCUGUCUCCCCCAUCCCUCACUUCCAUAGGCGUGCGCACAGGGUGUGUCGGGUGUGCCUGGGCACACCCUAAUCCCCGCGGCACGCCAAUGGAUUGAGACCGGCAGGGGAGAUCUCUGGAUCUCCCCGGUCGGCUCAUGCAGAGCCGACGCUAUCCGAGCGGCGGCUCUGGUCUAAGCCUCCAUGGGCCGGUGGGGAGAUCAAAGUUCUACCUCACCGGUCCACAGCAGCAUGGAGGGAGGCAGCAGAGAACCCGGGCUAGAGUUCACUCUCCACUGAACCACCAGGGAAGGCAGCAGGACUGGGAUAUUAACUAAUCUGCCCCCACCUCCACUCAAACAUACAGCACACACACACACACAGCACCUACACACAGCACACAAACAGCACCCACACACACAUCACCCUCGCACACACACACCCAGCACACUAACAGCAUCCUCACAAACACACAAACAGCACACUCACACACAAACAGCACCCUGACAAACACACAGCACACAAACAGCACACUAACAGGACCCGAACAAACACGCACACAGAAACACCCUCUCACACACACACACACAGCACACUACCAGUUCCCUCACACACUGCACACAAACAGCACCCUCACACACAGCACUCUCACAAACACACACAAAAACACCCUCACCCACAUAGCACACUACCAGCACCCUCACACAGCAGUGUAUAUAUAUAUAUAUAUAUAUAUAUACACACACACACACACACACACACACACAUACAUAUACACAUGGCGUGUGUUUGUGCUUUAGGGUGCACACCCUAUUGCAAUAGGCUGCGCACGCCUAUGCUCACUUCCCUAAUCUAUAGGCUGCUGCCCCCUCCCCCAAAUCUAUAGGCUGCUGCCCCCCCCCCAAAUCUAUAGGCUAUCUCAAACCCUCCCCCCAUCCCUCACUCCCCUAAUCUAUAGGCUGCUGCCCCCCCCCCAAAUCUAUAGGCUAUCUCAAACCCUCCCCAUCCCUCACUCCCUAAUCUAUAGGCUGCUGCCCCCCCAAAUCUAUAGGCUGCUGCCCCCCCAAAUCUAUAGGCUGCUGCCCCCCCCAAUCUAUAGCCUAUCUCAAACCCUCCCCCCAUCCCUCACUCCCCAAAUCUAUAGGCUGCUGCCCCCCCAAAUCUAUAGGCUGCUGCCCCCCCAAAUCUAUAGGCUAUCUCAAACCCUCCCCCCAUCCCUCUCUUACCUGAUCUGUAGGCUGUCUCUGGCUGCAUGUGUUGCUCCCCUGCGGUUUCAAUCAGCAGAGAGAAGCAGGGAUAAGAUGCAGCUUCCUAUCUCUCCAUACACAGCGCCACCUACUGGCCGGCGCCGGUAUUGCAGUUCAUUUUAUAUCACACAAAAUAGCAGAACAAGCUGAAAAAUCCAGGGGGGGGCAAGUGCCCCCCCUUGCCCCCCCCCUGUGGACGCCCAUGGUGUCUGAGUGUAUAACAGAGCUCCACAGCAAUAAUACUCCCAGUAAUGUGUCUAAGUGUAUAACAGAGCUUCACAGCAAUAAUACUCCCAGUAAUGUGUCUGAGUGUAUAACAGAGCUUCACAGCAAUAAUACUCCCAGUAAUGUGUCUGAGUGUAUAACAAAGCUCCACAGCAAUAAUACUCCCAGUAAUGUGUCUGAGUGUAUAACAGAGCUCCACAGCAAUAAUACUCCCAGUAAUGUGUCUGAGUGUAUAACAGAGCUCCACAGUAAUAAUACUCCCAGUAAUGUGUCUGAGUGUAUAACAGAGCUCCACAGCAAUAAUACUCCCAGUAAUGUGUCUGAGUGUAUAACAGAGCUCCACAGCAAUAAUACUCCCAGUAAUGUGUCUGAGUGUAUAACAGAGCACCACAGUAAUAAUACUCCCAGUAAUGUGUCUGAGUGUAUAACAGAGCUCCACAGCAAUAAUACUCCCAGUAAUGUGUCUGAGUGUAUAACAGAGCUCCACAGCAAUAAUACUCCCAGUAAUGUGUCUUUAAACUACAAUACAUGUGUUUAGGAACCAGUAUGUGUAAAUAAGAUACAUUGUUCUUGUUCUAAAUCACACUUUAGUUGUAUAAAUUAUUUAUUAGUAGGUCACCUAAAUUGUUUUAGAACAGCGCGCCCAUGGCCACCGCCCCCCACUCACGCCCCUAAAAUAAAAGUGGUUCCUUUUUGUCCAUAUGAAACGUUGUGAGGUGUGGGCUUGGUGUGUUUGGGUUUUUUCUCUGCCCCCUGUGCCAUUUCUGAGAGCAGCCACCAGUGCGCUGAUCCGAUGCCUCUUUUAUCUCUUGCAGUGAACGCAUACAUAACUCAUAAACUCAUUGUCAAAUUUCAAUUUUGGACAGGAAUGUACCAUUUCCAUCUGAAUAAUCUGAGAGUAUUUAUUAGUUUUCAGCAUAUGUUCCUGUUUGUUUAACUCGCAGAUCCAGAAUUAAUUUUCUAACAUUUAACUAUAGUCAUUGCUCCCUCUUGUAUAGUAAGUAACAGUGGCCGAGCAUAGAAUGCCCCUCUUGCACUAUUAAAUGUCUACCAAGUUUAGCCAAUACCGCAGAUAUGAAAAAAUGGCAGUGAAUCAAUGUUUAUGGGAGAUUUAAUUACAGGUAACAUAAUGCAGGAAGUCAGGGCCUGGCUGUCUAUAAUUAUUUGUGACAUCGGACGCAGGAUUUUAUUUUUACUGACAUUUUUGUAGAGGAGAAGCACAAAGCAUAUGCUGAAACCUUCCGCUAAUAACAGGUAACCCAUUUACGAAUACCCCACAUCCGAUGGAACCGAUAGCACAGUCACUGCUCCUAUUAUUCCCGUAACAUAUUGAAAGUAAAUGCUGCCUUGAGAUGGUUUAAUAACUUCAAGGAAAAUGGAAAUUGACUCCUAUACACAAUAUUCCAUUAACUCUAUUCCAGUCGUAGAUAACCUUGGCAUCCUGGUUACUUACAAGCUAUACUUCCUAAAACGCUCAGCCAGCCAGAAAGCUUUAAGUUCUUUAAAGUGUGUGAAUCUGGCACCCUUUAAAAAAAAUAUAUAUAUAUUUAUAUCUCAAAUAAAAAUGUAUCCUUUUAUUGUAACAAAAUAUUAUGACAGACGCUCACAUGGUACUAAAUUUAAAGGGAUAGUCUAAGAUCCAAUAUCACUUCUUGAAGUGAUUUGGGGGGCAUAUAUGCUGCCCCUGCAGCUUCCCUAAAAACUGCGCUGUUUACGUUUUUCAAUUUCCAAGUUUAUUGCUAUUUUUAACAUCACUGAAAAAAAAAAUCAUGUAUGGCUGUAAAUACACGUGGAUAUACACACUAACCCCCAUUAAAGAACAAUUUAAGGUUUCGGAUAGUUUGAGAUUCAUUGAUAAUCAGAUAAUAGGAGAGCCAGAAGAGAAGGAUAUUUAUCAGCAUCAUUGGUGUUAAAAACACCCUCGAGAGUCCCUUUAAGGAUUAAAAUAAUCAAUGUGUGACAGAUUGAUAAUUGUGCUAUAGGGGAAAAAGAAAUAAAGCAUUUCUCAAUAACGUAAACCCACAGUAAAGUGACUUUAAUAUUUCCAUUUCACGCAUCAAUAUAAUAAUAAUAAUAUAAUACCUAGAAAGAACCCGUCACAUGGUGUAAUACAUUUACAGAACGACAGAACAUAAAAUGUUAGUACCAGAAACGGUAUAUCCAGUGAAAAAAGGUAAGAAUAAUUGAGAGUGAGACUAUAGUACAUAAAAUGUCAAUAUUUCAGUUCUUUAUUACAAUGUUUAAUUUUUAUUAAUGUUUCAUUAUAACACAUUACAGUAUGCUUCUUUGGUGAAAUUACACAUGAAGUAAAGUGAUAUCUGUGAUACAUUGAGGACUUAAAUUAAAGGGACACUAUAGUCACCAGAACAACUACAACUUAAUGUAGUUGUUCUGGUGGGUAUAAUCAUUACCUUCAGGCAUUUUUCAUGUAAACACUGCCUUUCCAGAGAAAAGACCUUGUUUACAUUGCCCCUAGGGACACCUCCAAGUGGCCACUCCUCAGAUGGCCACUGGAGGGGCUUCCUGGCUCAGUGCUGCACAGUAAGCAGCCCUGCCAUUCAGCGUCCCCAUUGAUUCAAUGAAUCUCUAUGAGGAGGUCCUGAUUGGCCAAAACAGCAUUUGGCCCUGCCCUCGUGACGAUUUUAGCCUUAUGGGAAAGCAUUGGAUUGGCAAAAAAAAUCGCCCAUUUUGAUGAUGUCACAAAGGGGGCGGAGCCAGCGCCAGUGGACCCGCGCUGUGCUAGAAAUAAGGUGAGUUUUAAACUUUUAUAGGGGUACUAAGGGGGGGGGGCAAGCCACCUAAAUUGUGGGUUUAGCACUAUAGGGUCAGGAAUACAUUUUUGUGUUCAUGACCCUAUAGUGAUCCUUUAAGUUAGAGAAUGUGCAUGUUGCAAUACUGGAAGUCACUUCACAAAGGUUUGAAAAAUCCUGGUAAAGAAUACCGGUAUAUCAAAACAUUAAAAAAAAAAGUCUAAAUUCUCUCCGAGCUGUAUUGUAUACACAGUUCUGUUAAUAUUAACCAUUCGAAGCAAUAUCAGGCGUAUUCUGAGCCCACCACGAUUCUCUUACUCGUUAUAUCACGUGAUCAAAUUUUAUUUUCACUUUAAACUCUUUAUUAGUGACACAGGUAAUGCUCAAACUCUAUACACAUCCACUGCCCCUUUGAUCUAUUUCACAAUUACUGGUUCCUGUAUAUGCCGUUAUUCCAUCCGCAUACAAUAAUAAUUAAUGUCCGGUUAACUAAUCUUUCACGUGAAUAAAAAAAAAUUAGAUUUUUGUGAAAUGUCCUUAAAUAUUUAAGCAAGUGUAAGAAUAUGUAAAUAUGUGGGAAGUAUGACUUUUUGUAAGACUGCCUCUUUAACUCCUAUAAACCCCCUUUUUUCUUAGAUCCUCCAUCGAUCACUGAUGUAAAGAAUGCCCAGUCCUCGGUGGGCAAAUCAGCAGUACUUCGCUGUGAAGCCUCAGCGGUGCCCCCGGCUGAGUUUGAGUGGUAUAAAGAAGACAAGCG